AUGGAACCAGGCAAUGGUACACAAAUUUCAGAGUUUGUUCUUCUGGGACUUUCACAGGCACUGGAACUGCAGCCCCUCAUAUUUGGGUUUUUCCUCUCCAUGUACCUGAUCACUGUGUUGGGAAACCUGCUCAUCAUCCUGGCCAUCAGCUCAGACUCCCACCUCUACACGCCCAUGUACUUUUUCCUCUCCAACCUGUCCUUGGUAGACAUCUGUUUCACCUCCACCACCGUCCCAAAGAUGCUGUGUAACAUUCAAACACAGAGCAAAGAAAUCACCUAUGAAGGCUGCAUUACCCAGAUGUAUUUUUUCAUACUUUUUGCUGGGUUGGACGAAUUUAUUCUGACAGUAAUGGCCUAUGACCGUUUUAUAGCUAUCUGCCACCCUCUUCAUUACAUGGUCAUCAUGAACCCCCGGCUCUGUGGACUGCUGGUUCUGGUUUCCUGGAUCAUGAGUGUCUUGCAUUCCUUGCUACAUAGCUUAAUGGUGUUGAGGCUGUCCUUCUGUUCAGACUUGGAAAUCCCCCACUUUUUCUGUGAAGUCAAUCAGAUGGUCCAACUUGCCUGUUCUGACACCUACCUUAACAACAUCCUGAUGUAUUCUUCAGCUGGGCUGUUGGCUGUUGGUCCCUUUGCUGGGAUCCUUUACUCUUACUCUAAGAUACUUUUCUCUAUAUGGGGAAUCCCAUCAGCUCAGGGGAAGUAUAAAGCAUUUUCUACCUGUGCGUCUCACCUCUCAGUUGUCUCCUUAUUUUAUGGUACGAGUCUAGGAGUUUAUCUCAGCUCUACUGCUACCCACAGUGCACACUCAAGUGCAACAGCCUCGGUGAUGUACACUGUGGUCACACCCAUGCUGAACCCUUUCAUCUACAGUCUCAGGAACAAGGACAUAAAAGGGUCCCUGAAAAGAUUUCUUGGCAGGUAA